UUCAGGUUCAGUUCGGCGCUGCACUUCAGCUGAGGCAGACGAUUUGAAGAAAGCAUCCAAAUCAGGAACACAUAAAUGUCUGGAAACACGAUUUCUGGCUGCAUGUCAAUAUCCAUGGAUUACUGGAUCUUUGUUUCCUCUAUUGAAUCCAGUCAUGCAGCAGGCUCCUUUGCCACUCAUUCUGGCUGAGGGGGCGUGUUCAGUUCCUGUUAAGGAGACAAAAUGGAAGCUAAAAGCAACGAUGAGUUUCAGAUAGUUCUUUCUGAAGAAACUAAAUCGGAUACCAUUCUGUGCCACCUGUCUCAUAACAUCAGUGCUGUUGCCAUGGAGAUCAGGUGGUUUAAGGAGACAGAUUGUGUUUGUUUCUAUAAGAACAAACGGUUGAUAGAGGGGAUAAGAUAUGAGGACAGAGUGAGUCUAUCCAUUGAUGAGCCGGAGAGAGGAAAUGUAUCUUUACAACUAAAGGAAUUAGAUGUUGGUGAUUACCUGUGUCAGGUCAUCAGUGGAGACAGAACAGAGGAGAUAACAAUACACACAUCAUUCAAGACUGAUGAAGAUGGAACUGAAAUGCUUCCAAAAACAAUCUGGUCCAAAAAGACUGACAAAGAAUUGACUGAUAAAGAGAGAACAGAAAUGGCAAAUUCUGCUUUAUCGGCAGUUUUCCGUAGUCUAGAAAAAAGAGAUCUUCAGAGUGUUAAUGCUUCAGUGCUGCAGACAGAGAAACAGACACAGACUGAGGAGAACGACAUGCAACAGGAGCUGAGCAAUCAACAACCAGGAUGUUCAGAACAGAAUGUUCUGGACAGUGAGCCCAGACAAAUCCGAAAUGAAAACCCACACAAAUCAAAUAAGAAUGAAGGUGAAUCUCAGCAAAAUGGGAAAAAGAGGUCAAGAUGGGAGAACAAUUCUAGUAAAAAGGGGGUCAAAGUGUCCUCUAUUUUGGCUGGAAAGACAAAUAACUGUGACAAGGAAUUUAUCAACAUUCUGGGGGAAAAAAUUGAGAAUCUGGGAGAAGCUGCUACAGUGGAAGAGAGUAACAUUAUUUUGGUUUUCUGUCCUAUUGUUUCUCGAGCUGGAACUGACAUUGAAGCAGCACUGAACAAUUUCAAUUACUCUAAAGACUCUAAGCUGGCUGUUCUAGUGGUGCUUCAUCACACGUUUGACCCAGAGAAAAUUGUACCAGACAGCAGCAAAUGUGUUACCAGGACAGACAUGCUCACAGUGGAUUGUCUGUUCUAUGAGGAUGAAGGAUUACUGAAGUGUCAGAAGAAUUCAGAUGCAUUUAAAAAAGUUGUGAAUUGGUUAAUAGAACAGGGGAAGAGAAUUGAUGUCAAAAUACAUAAAAAAAUUGUACCCAACAAACCAAACUUCUCUGCAUUCUUUUCCAAAAAAUCCUCCCAGCAUUGAGGAUCAGUACACACCUGUCGCUCUGUCCACCAUUGCUUACCGCAAUGCUAAAUUAUUAUUAGCUAUUAGAGUGUGAAUAUAGGUUUAUAUAAAAAGUGUGCAAAUAGAAAUAGUCUGAUUAUAAUAAACCAUUUAUGUGAGAUGAAUGAUGAAUGAAGAAAAAGUCUACUCUAUAAAGUCUACUCUACUUUAUACUCUAUGUACUGAUGAAGUAUAUCCAUUUUUGCAUUUCUCUAUACAACUAUAUAUUCUCUAUGUAACUAUUAAAUGGGUGUUUUAUUGCUUACGCAAAUUUCCUUGCAGUGGUCAAAUGUGUUUGUUCCACCAGUUCAAAAUACAUACAUUUUCUUGACAGGUUACCAUUGUGACUCCAGACUUAACUGCAAAUUAUUGUGUAAUAAACAUUAAUCUUCA